AUGGUGGAGUCGACAGGUCCUACGGUUGUUGCACCUGCUGAGGACGAGAAAUCCCGUGCCCUUACAAACUAUAGGAAGAAACUGGUGGAGUACCGAGACAUUGAGCAGCAGCUGAAGCAACUGCGAAAGAAGGAAGCCGAGACGCAGAAAAGUUUCGACAAAUCCGAAAAUGAUAUCAAGUCGCUGCAAUCAGUGGGUCAGAUCGUGGGCGAGGCCACUAAUGGACCCAGAUACGUGGUUGGCUGUCGCCGUUCAAUCAACAAAGAAGCCCUCAAGCAGGGUACUCGUGUAGCUCUUGAUAUGACCACACUCACUAUCAUGCGUCAGCUGCCUCGAGAAGUGGACCCCUUGGUUUACAAGAUGUCGCACGAGGAUCCUGGUAACAUCACUUAUGCUGAUGUCGGUGGCCUGGCAGAGCAGAUUCGUGAACUUCGAGAGCGUGUCGAGCUGCCACUGAUCAAUCCAGAGUUGUUCCGACGUGUCGGCAUUACUCCUCCGAAAGGAUGUCUAUUGUAUGGACCUCCUGGAACGGGCAAAACGCUCCUUGCAAGGUGUGUUGAUCUUUUCCUUGAGUCUGCUCGAAUGAUUCGUGAAAUGUUCAAUUAUGCUCGCGAUCAUCAACCCUGCAUCGUAUUCAUGGACGAAAUUGAUGCUAUUGGUGGUCGCCGAUUCUCCGAAGGCACGUCAGCUGAUCGUGAAAUUCAGCGAACGUUGAUGGAACUGCUCAAUCAGUUGGACGGUUUCGAUUCGCUGGGAAAAGUCAAAGUUAUCAUGGCAACAAAUCGACCCGAUACUUUGGAUCCCGCCCUAUUGCGUCCCGGACGUCUUGAUCGUAAAGUCGAAAUUCCGCUCCCGAACGAACAAGCCAGGCUUGAGGUUCUUAAAAUUCACGCAAAUCCGAUAACAAAGCACGGUGAUAUCGAUUACGAAGCAGUUGUUAAGUUAUCUGACGGGUUUUCUUGUGCAGAUUUGCGUAAUGUGUGCACAGAAGCAGGUCUUUAUGCGAUUAGGGCCGAACGGGAGUAUGUUAUUGAAGAAGACUUCAUGAAGGCAGUGAGAAAGGUCGGUGACGCAAAGAAGCUCGAAACGAAGCUUGAUUACAAACCUGUCUAG